UAAUUCUAGUCCUCCUACACCAAGGAGUUGAUCUCCUCUCGGUUCGGGUGAUUAGUUCGUUUGUUCCACGUAUAAAAAAAUAGUUGACUCAAUAUUAACACUUUAAAUGAUUAAAUAAUAGAAGAAAAUUUAAUUAUUAAUCGUGGAUGAAUUUAAGGAAAGUGUCAAAAAAAACGUUACGUUCAAUAAUAAUGUUUAUACAUGUAUUCUUGAUACCUUUUAACGCUCCAAUAUAACGUUCAGAAUAUAUCUACCUAUUAUAACAACUUGACACGAGAUAAUAUGAUCUACACUGUGAAUAUAUAUUAGAAAAAGUGAGGAAGUGAUAAUUAAAAUAAAUAACUACAAGAACAAGAAGUGGUAAAGGUGUAGGAAAAAUAUUCGGGAAAUUUGACGCAACGAGAACGAGAAAGAGAGAGAGAGAGAGAUAGAGAGUGAGUGGGGGUAGGGUAUUGUAUGUGUCUCUCUCUUUUACAAGAGCAUUGAAAUAUAUUUCAUAUUUAAAAACAAAAAAGAAAAUUUAAAUAAAAUAAGAAACGUAACAUCGAGGACUGAACAUAUUUUGGGUGACCGUGGACCAAAAAAAGCUAACUGACAAGAAAUCGUUAUUCGCACACACUUCGGAUCUAAUCGCAUUGAAUAGGACGAAAACGUUAUUCGAUUUUUUCAUUGCGCACUACGGUUGAGUCCGGUUUCUCCGGUUUUGUGUGCAGCAGCAACAGCAGCAKCAGCAGCUUACGUUGUUUAUGUCAUCGCGACGCCUAUGGCGACGAAGUGUUUUGUUUUUCCCGAUCGAUGACGGAAUAUUUCCCAAAUUACAUCUUAUGAUUUAGAUUUUUGCGACACUAUUUUUGUAGCUCUACUAUAUACCAUAUUUAAGAAGAACAAGAAGAAAGAAUAAAAUAAUCUUAGAAGAAGGAUAAACAUUGAUGUUUAACGAUUUUAUUAAAAUCCUAGUAAACUUGUUAACAAGAGGAUUCUACAUAAUUAAGUAGAAACAAAAAAAGAAGAAGAAGAAAGACGUAAAUUAUAAACUUGCUUUUAUUAUAUAUAGUAAUAAAUAAUAAUAACAUUAAAUCAUUAGAGCAAACGAGCGAGAAGAUUAACGAAAGAACAAUAAGUAAUAUUAAUAAUAAUAAUAAUAAUAAUAAUAAUAGUAAUAGUUUGACUAAGCGCAGGAUGGCAUCAUCAACGAUAGCUGUUCCUUCGGGAACAGCAUCAGUAUCGACAACUGUUGUCGGUAUUGCUGGAAACGAAGAACUUGAUGGCGGGGAUUUGUUAAACGAAGUUAGGAACAUUAACAAUGUUACUGGUUACAACAAUAGUAGUAGUUCAGGUGAUGCAUUAGAAGAGAUGACUUGUAACAAUGGUAAAAUAGAAGAUCAACAAUGCACAUUGUGUACGAGCAAAUUGUGCUCGCCUCGCGUAUUAUCCUGUCUUCACGUAUUCUGCGAAGGUUGCUUAGAUAAACUACUCAUAAAUGGAGCUGGAGAUUCCAAAGUGGAAUCAGUAUUAAAAUGUCCCCUGUGUUAUCAAGAAACUUCCGUCAGUUCCAAAGGCGCUGCAUCUCUAACUUGUGAUUAUGUAUUAACUAAUAUACUCGACAUGUUUGCCAUUGAAAAUAUGGCCGUCUUAUGUACCUCUUGCAAGGCUAAAGAAAACGCUGUCGCGCGUUGCUCAGAUUGUGCCAAUUUUCUCUGUCCUAAUUGUAACACGGCACAUCAGUUUAUGCGCUGCUUUGAAAGUCACAAAGUCAUCGCCUUUGAGGAUUUGAAGAAAUCUAAGGAAACUAUUCCUAUACAUAAACCUAUUUUUUGUGAAUAUCAUCCAACCGAAAAUAUGAAAUUCUAUUGCUACACGUGUCAGGAACCAAUCUGUAAUGAAUGUCUUCUUAUCGAGCACAAAGCACCGGAUCAUCAAUACGAGAGAUUAGCUGAUGCUGAACCACGCGAAAAGGAACAAUUAUUGAAUUUAAUGUCCGAAAGUAAAGCCAAAAUAAAGGACUGCGAUCAAGUUACGACGCAGUUAGAAAAUGCACUUAGUGAAUUGCAAAUACAACGUGAUCAAGCUAAGGAUUUAAUAAUGGAAACUUUCCAAAGUUAUAAGGCUAUUUUAGAGAAAUAUCGAGAUAAUGCUUUGGAAGAACUUGAAAAAUUACACUCAGAAAGAGAGCUCGAAAUAAUGGAUAGUUUUCAUAAUGUCGCGAAAGUUGCUGAAAAAAUAGACGACGCCUGCCGUUUUACAUCCAGGCUUUUAGAACAUGGAGAUACUGUGGAAAUAUUAGCUCUUCGUCGUAUCGUAGGAACACAACUAUUAAAUUUAAUUAAAAAUACCCCAAGUCCUCACAUUACAUUUUGUAUAGAGUUCCAGACAGAUUAUAGUCAUUUUGAAAAAGCUAUUAAGGAGGCGUUUGGUAAAUUUCAUACAGAAAGUACACCGAUAACAAAAAUUCUUCCAGAAAUAAAACCAACCAUACCAGGUGUUUCCUCUAAUCAGCAAGUCGUUCACACUUCAAUAAGUUGUCCUAGUACAAUCAGUACGAGUUCCCCCAUUUCAAUUCCUGCCUCGAUGCAAUCCUCAUUCGAAGGUGAACCUUCAUUUGUUAUUCCACCUACAUCUAGUCCUCAAAAUAUUCCACCUCCGCCACCACCUGUUUCUCUUCCACCAGGUCCCAUUCAUGGUUUGACCAGUAUUCAAGAAUAUAAUUUACAACAACUAGUUAGUUUAGCGGAAAAAGAAAUUGUUAACGACACUCGUGUUAUCGGACCUAGCUCUAAUUCGAGUCCUACUCCUUCCUUUACGCUAGUCGAUUUAUUUACCGGCGAUUUAAGCUCUACCAAUCAUGCCAUCAACAAUUUGCAAGCUCUUGCUAAAUUAGGAAAUACUCUUGGCAGUCAAGAUUUAGGAAGUGCAACAAUUAAUGGUAGUGGAGGUCUAGUACUUGGGCGUGGACCUUCCCCUGGUAUUGUUGAUGCACCUAACUUGAACACUUUAACUGCCAACAGUCUUAUGAAUGGUGGUUUCCAAUCGCUUUCAUCAUCCACUUCUCCUGUACUCUCACAGGGUGCUGAUGAACUUAUCAAUGAUACGAUACAUAAUAUACCUGUAGUAGUAGGUAAUCCGGUUGCCAAUGUAACUAGUGCAGGAAGUGGAAACUAUACGCAUCCUCGUACUAACAAUGCUAAAUUAACACCAAUGCAAAUUCGAAGUAAAUUUGGUCAGUUGGGUCCCAGUAAAGGACAAUUUAAUUCACCUCAUGGAUUUUGCCUGGGUACCGACGAAGAUAUUAUUGUCGCUGAUACUAAUAAUCACAGAAUACAGGUUUUUGAGAAGACUGGUACGUUCAAAUUUCAAUUUGGUGUACCUGGUAAAGAAGAGGGUCAAUUGUGGUAUCCAAGAAAAGUAGCGGUUAUGCGUAAUAGCGGAAAAUUUGUAGUAUGCGAUCGUGGAAAUGAACGAUCUAGGAUGCAGAUAUUUACUAGAAACGGUCAUUUUAUUAAAAAAAUAGCCAUUCGUUACAUCGACAUUGUAGCUGGUUUAGCUGUUACAAGCCAAGGUCAGAUUGUAGCAGUUGACAGUGUGUCACCUACUGUAUUUGUCAUCAACGAUAAUGGUGCCCUUCUUAGGUGGUUUGACUGCAGUGAUUAUAUGAGAGAACCAAGUGAUAUUGCUAUCAGUGGAAAAGAAUAUUUUGUUUGUGAUUUUAAAGGACAUUGCGUUGUAGUAUUUAAUGAAGAAGGAAAAUUUUUGCGUCGUAUUGGCUGUGAGAAUAUAACUAACUUUCCAAAUGGAAUUGAUAUUAGCGAUGCCGGAGAUGUUCUGAUUGGAGAUUCGCAUGGUAAUCGAUUCCAUGUGGCUGUCUUUUCGAGGGAUGGUUCAUUAAUUUCUGAAUUUGAGUGUCCAUACGUUAAGGUAUCUCGAUGUUGUGGCCUGAAAAUAACUUCAGAAGGAUACAUAGUAACGCUGGCUAAAAACAAUCAUCAUGUCCUCGUGCUGAACACUCUUUACAUAGUAUGAAGUGAGAAAAAAAUAAUAAUAAUAAUAAUAACAAUAUCACUAAUUUUCUUCAACAUCGGAGCUUCUAUUUGGAACUGCUCUAUUUUCAACGAAGGAUAAGGAUUUAAAAAAAAGAAGGCAUGCCCAAGACACACUAAACUACUUAAUUAUUGGGCCUAUCAAAGCAAUAGAAACAAGUGCAGCAGCAUGCAGCUUUAAUAGUUGUAAAAAGUAUAAUGCGUCCCUCUUCUAUGAAAGUACCAACAUUGAAAGGAGAAAAAAAAGGUAAAUGUAUAUUUCCGACCAAUCAAUAUCAUAAUAGUAAUACGUAGCGAAGUUGCAUUUGGUAAACUGCCAGAGUAUAAAAAUUAAACAUAAUUAAGCAAACGUAAAGAAGAAAAAAAAACAUAAUAAUAAUUAAAGAAACAAAAAAAAAUAAGAAAUACGUUAAAGGAAAAGUAAGGAAACGAAAGCAAAAGAAAAGGAAAAAAAAGAUAUUAAAA